UCGACUGUACUUCUUUUCUGUGUGGAAUCGCUGUGUGUUGAAUUGUGAAAUCAGCUUUUAUGGAUUCAUUUUGCAGAUAAAGCUAACAGGAUAGCAUGAUAAGUGAACACAGAUGCAGGACAUAAAGUGUGUGAUUGUCGGGGAAGGGGCUGUGGGAAAAACAUGCCUUCUGAUGAGCUACACCACCGGUGCUUUUCCAGAGGUGUUUGUCCCCACUGUGUUUGAGAAUUAUUCUGCCAAUGAGACGGUCGAUGGGAAUCCAGUGAAACUGGCACUGUGGGAUACAUCGGGGGCAGAGGAAUACGACAGGCUUCGACCACUUCAGUACCCUCAGACGGAUGUGGUUUUGAUCUGUUUCUCUCUUGUGAAUCCAGACUCGUUUGGGAAGGUCCGUGAAAAAUGGUUUCCAGAGGUCAGACAUUUUUGCCCCAACACUCCAAUAAUUCUCGUUGGGACUAAACUUGAUCUGAGAGAUGACAAGGACACCACUGAAAAGCUGAAAAAGAUGAAACUGACCCCCAUCACCUACGCUGAUGGUCUGGAUAUGACCCAAGAAAUAGGGGCUGUGAAAUACUUGGAGUGCUCAGCCUUAAAACAGAUGGGCAUUAAGACGGUGUUCGAUGAAGUCAUUCAUGCGGUUCUAUACCGGAGCCCAGUGAAGAAAAGAAAGAGGAAGUGUUCACUCCUCUGAAGUGACUGUACAUACACCAGCUGUAAUCUGAGCUCGCCUGAGAGGCAAGGUUAAUGGGAAGAAGAAACUAUGAGAGUGUUCAGGAAAUAAAACAUUGUAUGUAUUGUGUGAAUAUGCAUUGGUUUACAGGUUGAAUAUGUGCUUUAAUGACAAACCCAUUGGUUACAUUGGUUUGAUCAAACACACAUUGCUUUCAAAUUGUCCAAAUAUUAUUUUACAUGAAAAUAAUGGGUUGAACUUAAAGACACAGUGCAUAACAUGCAUAUGGUGUGCAAAAAUAAAUGAUUCAAACAUACACUCCUUAAUUUUUAUUACUCAUGUAAAAUUGUGGGGGUAUUUUAUAGACUGAGUUUAUUUGGUAAGAAAUGAACACACACACACAAGAAGAAAGUGUUAAAUAAAAACACUGAGUCAGGCCUGUUGGGUUUGCAGAAUGGGCAAUAUUAAAUGCAUUAUAUAUAUAUAUAUAUAUAGUUUGCAACACUGUAGAUAGAUAGAUAGAUAGAUAGACAGAUAGAUAGAUAGGUAGAUAGAUAGAUGUUUUGUCAUUUGUAUUUAGCUGGACAAAAAUAAUCAGAUUCAAUGUGUAAAAUGCUUUGAGACACUGGAUCUUGUUCCUAUGCAAUGAUGUUACAUGAGCUGCAACAUAAAACAGUGUUUCUGAAAGAGAGAAUGUCAAUUACAGGAAUAUAUAUUCCGUAUGUAUGACUGUUUUUUGAGAAAAAAAAAAAAAAAAAAACUUUAUGAACAUAAUAAGUGAACCUCAAAAAAGCAUAAUAGGAGCUCUUUCAAUAUAUAUUUUCCUAGCAUUAUUCCCUCUCAUUUACAAUGUCCACUUCCUGACGCAACCCAGCACUGAGACACACUCACGGCCAAUUUUGCAUGCCCAGUCCACCUAACCUGCAUGUCUUUGGACUGUGUGGGGACUGUUUGGGGAAAGCGUAGCAUCCAGAGGAAAUCCAUGCUGGCACGGGGAGAACAUGCAAACUCCAAUACAGAAAGCACUCCUGGCUCAGCCGGGGCUCAAAACGGGGACCUUCUUGCUGUGAGGCGACAGUGCUUUCCACUGAGCCACCGUGCCAAAUAGGGGCCCUUUCAAUAAAACAAAAAAGAAAAAAAAUGAACAGAAUUUAACUCAUUUGUCACUAGAUGGAGCCAGAGGUUUCAAUUAGACAUCUGGGCCCAGCCAGCAGAUGAGUUGCAGCUGGGCUAUCUAUAUGGGGCCUAGCCACUUUUAACAGAGAUUUAGAUGUUGCUUUAUUGAAAAUUAUGAGUGUCGCCAUUAUGGUGAUCAGUGUUUGUCUGUGGCAGUUUAUAAAGCCCUUAAUAUAUAUAUACAUAUAUUUAUAUAUAUAUAUAUAUAUAUAUAUAUAUAUAUAUAUAUAUAUAUAUAUUAAGGGCUUUCUAAACUUCAUAAUAUUAAGGGCCUUAUAAAGCCCUUAAUAUUAUAUAAAUCUUCGGUGUCACAAGAUCCAUCAGAAAUCAUUCUAAUAUGAUGAUUUGCUGCUCGAGAAACAUUUCUGAUUUUUAUCAAUGUCUAAAAUGCUUGUGUGAAAACUGUGAUGUAGUGUUUUUUUUUUUUUUUUUAAAUUAGGAUUCUAUGAUGAACAGAAAUUUUGAAGAACAGCAUUUAUUUGAAAAAUAAAUCUUUUGUAACAUUACAAAUGUAUUUACUGUCUUUUUUGAUCUGUUUAAUGCAUCCUUGCUGAAUAAAAGUAUUAAUUUAUUAAUUUGUGUAGUAGUCUGUCUAUAUGUGUGUGUGUGUGUAAUAAUUUUACUGAGUUUGCACUCACAAAGAAAUUUCUAUGAAUUGUGUUGAUAGAUGUCAUUAAUAUGGCAUUUCCAGACAUAGA